AUGAUACUUGGUGUGGGCGACAAUAAAGGUUUUGUGGAAGAAAAGGUGACUGAAAGUAGUGCUAAAAAUAGCAGUGACGAAAUCUUAGGCGUUCAAAAAUUUAAUGACUAUCAAAUGUCAAGCGAAAUUUUAAGGCCAACGACUAGUCACGUGAGCAAGGAAUUUAAAAGUUUUUCGGAGACCUAUGAAUCGAGGGAAACUGAAGUUAAACGUCUGGGCGAGAGCAAGUGUGAUUACGUUAGAUUAGAAGCCGCUCCUAUGCAAAGAGCCUACAGCCAAUUGAAGUGGUUCCCAGAGAAACUUGCAAUGACAUCAGCGACGACGUCAAAGAAUGUGACGUCACAAGGUGCUGUGAAAAGCUAUACAAAUCUUGGAUACAGUCAAGCUGGUCAAAAUGGUGAUUUGAUGUCAAACGUUCAGUUUCAACAACCAGUUGCUGUGAUAAGGGCUUUUGUUAAUCCUGGACUUAAUACCAGUUUGAAGUGAGUUCUUUUGUAUUGUGUUGUCAUAAUGUAUAUUUAUUUGAAAGUAGCAGUGAAUGAAAGUGUGUCUGCCUGUUUUGAUACGCUAAUUGAAAGGUAAUUAUUGUAUGUUGUCUUAAUUUGAAUGACUUUCUUAAUUAAAUUUUAUUUCUGGUGAAACGUUUUAUCAUUGCCAUACCUAUAUACUUACGAUGCGCCACAAUUGUUAGAGCAUGCGCCUUUGAAGCCUUUCACUUCUAUGAUCGGUGGCUCGAUUCUUGCUGCGGGCAUGUGACACUUUUGUGAUUCAGUCAACGCUCUACCGAAAGUCGUGGGUUUUCUCCGUGUACUCCGAUUCCCUCUUAACUCCCACCCUAACUACAUGAUUAAGAUUAAUAUUUCUUUAGCACAAAUUCACAUGUGGAUACACGCCUAGACCAUUUUAUCUUUACAACAAUUGUGAUGUUGCUGUGUUUAUCCUAACCCAUCUUGCCAACUUUUUAUUUUGGAAGAAACCGGAGCAACCGUAGAAAACCCACGACUUUCGGCAAAGCGUUGACUGACUCUUUUCACAUGCAUGAAUCCGUAUAACGAGAAUCGAACCCACGAACUCAGAUCUGAAGACGCUUGCUCUUGACGACUUGUCCUAAAUGUUACACGAUUUUAAAAUAACUUACCGACCACAGCAUUAAGAUUUGUGCCACUGUCCUUCAAUAUUUCUUGACUUUAAACAGACAAGCAAAAUCCUUACCAAGAAACUACUCAAAGCUCAACUACAAGAAAUCUUUUACGACCUCCACAACACGCAGACUCAAACCUCUCCUCUACACUUGGUCCUUGAAAGCCAACGACUCUGAAACUGCGCAAGCUUGGGUGAACCUUCCUGUGAUAUACAAAGAAACACAUCCUUGCGGUGACCGUCGAAGGAAAGUGUAG